GUUGGGUGAAUGCAUACUGUCGCCAUGCAAAGUUUUAUUAUGACUGCAGAUGAUGACAUCUUUGUUCAUACCCCCAAUCUGAUUUCAUACUUGAAAGAUAUGGAUCUAAUAGAUGUCCAAAACUUCUGGAUUGGUAGAGUCCAUCGCGGAUCGCCUCCAGUAAGGAACAAACAUAGCAAGUAUUAUGUCCCCUAUGAAAUGUAUCAGUGGGCUUCUUAUCCCGAUUAUACUGCAGGGGCUGCCUAUGUUGUUUCACGGGAUGUGGCAGCCAAAGUGUAUGAAGCAUCACAGACCUUAAAUACCAGCUUAUACAUUGAUGAUGUUUUCAUGGGAAUCUGUGCCAAUAAAAUGGGGAUUGUGCCUCAACAUCACUUAUUCUUUUCAGGGGAAGGUAGGGCUCCC